AUGGCUCUUACUGCCAAAAUCCCCAAUGAGAUCCCUCCAGCCAGGAAAUAUCGUUCAAGGAAACAGAAGCCGUGCGACCAUUGCCGGCGCCGUCGGGUUUGCUGCGUCCGAGAUGCCGAGGGCGCCUGUGCCUUGUGUAGUCGACGAUCAAUUCCAUGCACCUUCAGCUCGAAACCAUCACCCCGGAAGCGUCAAGCCAGGUCUACGGCGGCCAGCACACCUGCAGUGGUAUCAGUGGAUGCUCAGUCAAAUGACCAUGAUGGUGGCAACAAAAAGAGCCGUGCUAGGGAAAGCACUACGCCGAAUGCCUCCUUGGACCAAAAAGCCGGCGCUGAGGGCAAGUAUAUUGGCUUGACCGGUACAGACGAUGUGUACUUUGUCGUGGAUCGCUUUCAAGGCUUGGGAAAUGACCCGGCACGCGAAGCUUACUUUAGGGAAAGAUCAUCUUCCACGCAGUCAGGCUCGUCAAGUGCAUCUGAAGACGCUGCCAGGUCGGUCGAAGCACAGUGGCCUCUUGUUCGAUCCAUCUUCGUCAGGAAUUCUCACCCUGCAUUCCCUUUGCUGGACGCGGAGCUGGCUGAGAGCGACAGACAGUCGCGGCUGUUGGCUGUGGCCAUCGCCAUCAUCACAAAAUACACAUCGCCAGAAUUACUAGGCAUCCACAGCAAUGUGCUGAUCGAAGAGCUCACGUCGUCGAUGCUCCUGGAGGCACGGUCUCCCAGACUCGAAACCGUCGAAGCUGCCAUCUUGUUUACUCAGAAAGCUUUGAGAGGACGAAUGAGUACCAGCGCACCAGGAUUGUGGGCCGUCAUUGGCUGCAUUAUAGGUAUGAGCCAUGAUCUCGGCCUGCAUGUGGACUGCUCGACGUGGAAUAUACCUGCGGCCAUCAAGAGGAGACGAAGGAGAAUAUGGUGGGCCGCAUAUUUCCAAGAUAAAUGGUUUGCCAUGGCUCUGGGCCGACCGUCAUACUUGAACGAUGCCAAUACAACCACGCUCAUGCUGACGGCCGCGGAUUUUGAGGACUGCGACCCAGAAUCGUACGGCGACCAACCAAGGAGGCCCGAGCUAGCCACUGGUAUUCAUUGCUUUGUCGCCAUGGCUGAGUUGGCUGUUAUUCUCAACGAAGUCCUCCUCAACUUCUUCACAAUCGGCUCUGUGGUCAAGUUACGCGAAGUUACAGGCCAGCAUAUCAUCGAUAUUGCCGAUAGGAUCGAGGCAAAAUUGGACAACUGGCGUGCCGUAUAUCUCGACCCAAUUCUGUCACAGCGAUUCUUCCCUGAUGUUACCGGCAGCUUGGAAAUCGCAUACAUCACCGCGCACGUCAUGCUGCUUCGUGGAAUUUUCCCCAAGCUGUAUCGGCGAAAUCUGUCUCUGGACAGCCAUUUCGAUCGUGCCGUCGAGGUCACAUCUCGUGCCAUCUCGCUUGUCGAGACGUUACAAAUCAAUCGCCUCAGUGCGUUUUGGUGGGCUUGCUCCGGGCUCAAUUUCGCACUGGUGGGCACUUUCAUGGCCAGCCUCAAGCGGCUGUCGACUGAUAGCAUUCGUGCAAAAUACUGGGACGAACAACUCGCAUAUUAUCGCAAACUGCUUGCAGCCCACGGGACGGGGUUUUGGCCUGCCAAAUUCGCUGCGACCGCCCUUGAUCUGAUGGCCAAGAAUCUGACCAAGACAACCGGCGAUGCAGCCGACGACGUGAGUGGGAGUGGAGGCGCGAGCGGUGCUGCUAGUAGCAGCGAUGCUUUCGUCAACGGCAAUGGGCUCAUUGAUGCGUUCGCGUCACCAGAGACGUCGUGGUCAGGCGCUUCGUACGACUUCUUCCCUCAUAACCUGACGGUGUUGAACGAGGCGGACUUUUCCACGGACUGGGCUGCUGUCGGUGGUGCAGAGGGGUUUCUAUGGCAGAAUAUGCAUUUGGGGUGA